AUGGUAGAGCAGCAAAGCCCGUCAAAAAGCCAGCUUUGUCUCCAGCUGGCCGUGCAGGCCGCCGCGGCAGCAUCAACGGCGCAUAUGCUGAGAUCGAGCCACUCUCUGUAUGUCGAGGCAUGCGCAGCCCUCGAAAAAGUCGAGAUAAACGGACCGAUCGGUCGGGCGAGAGGGGCCCCGGUUGAGCUGGAAUAUAUCCAGGCUCUCCUCCUGGUAGUAUACUACGAGGCGCUUCGCAUGCCUCAAGACAGAUACAUACUCACAGCUGGAAGGGCAUUUCGCUUGAUUCAGAUAUCGCGAUUGCACGAAAUCGACGUAGAGACAGGCCCCACCGAGGAAGUGUCAGGGGAGGCCUUUGCUCGCGAAGAGGAGCGAAGGCGCACAUUCUGGGCGGCAUACUGCAUCGAUCGGCUCUUCAGCAUCCGCCAUGAAUUGCCCCAUACGCUGCAUGAGCAAGCGACACGCACACGGCUCCCAGCCCCCGAGACCAGUUUCCAAGACGCCAAACCAGUUCGUAUGCCCUUUCUUUCCGAGGUCAUGUCCACCCUGGUCACAGCAAUUCUACCUGUAUUUGCCGAGUGCGUUGUUUUAGCCACACUGCGAGGCAGAUACAUGAAUCUCCGCAGCGCAUCGCCUAGCAACGCAGUUGAUUUCUGCGCCAAGCUCCAAGAGAUCAAAGUCGGCUUGCGGCAACGAAUGCGGAUAAUAGCAAAGCACCUCCCGGUAACGACAGCAGCUGUAGAUUCCACAGCGUGCUGCACGCGUAUCCUCGCCCACAGCGUGAUGGUCGACCUGAGUGAGCUGGCGGAAGGCAUGGCCUUCGCAAUGAACGAGCCUGAGAAAUCAGUGACCAUUUGUCUUGGACAGGCAUUCGAGGCCUGCAACGAGAUUGUGCGUUUGGCAAAGUGCUCUGCUCGGCUUGGUCGGUUCAAGACUCCCAUAUUUCUUCCCGUCUUACUCUCACGGGCGAUCGUCUUCCUUACCAGCCACCACCCCCAGGGGCAACACGAUGGGCUAGACGAGCUGAUGUCUAUUCUUCAGAGUCUCAGCUGUGUUAACCGACAGGCCGAGGAGCUUAUCCAUGAGUUGGGAGGCGUAGCGAGGCAUUGA